AUGAAUUAUAACCACCAUCAAAUUGUUGAAAAGUGGUUAUCACGAUUCAGAAAAUGUCUUUCCCUGUGUUAUACGAGUGAUUAACAAAUGAUCACUAUGGAAUUGCAUAAAGGAAAUGUUUCGUUGCUCAGUGUUCCUUAAAACAAGAAUAUUUUCAACACACGUAAAUAUACAUUCCUCAACUUUCUACCCAAAACAAUAUUCACAGGUUUAGUCAGAUUUGGUAACAUCUAUCUCCUUGUCAUAUCAUUGAUCAUGCUCAUUGAUCCCACUCUUUCCCCCUUCUAUAUUUGGAUCACUAUCUUCCCCAUAGGACUCAGUGUACUCAUUUAUGUUUUAAUUGAAUUCGUACUUGAUAUUCGUAGGCAAAGUCAUGAUCAUAAAAUCAACAUGCAAACAACAUCAAGAGGAGCCAAAGAUGGUUCCAUAGAAACUAUCAAAUGGAGUGAUAUUCAAAUUGGAGAUGUUUUAUACCUAAUUAAAGGAGAUAUAGUUCCAGCUGACAUCAUACUCUUAGAUACUGGAUAAGUAAGAGAUCGAGAAGCCAUUUGUAUGGUAGAUACUUAAUAUUACAAUGGCAAAUCAAGUCUAACCAAAAAGAAAUCAUUAAAGAAUUAAUUUCCAGAAUACAAAAAGAUGUUAACUGGAAAAUUAGAAUACGAAGCCCCUAAUGGAGAUACACAAAGUUUUUAUGCUAGAUUGAAAUUGAAAAAAGAUCCAAAGAACGAAGAAUUAACUAUAGACAAUUUCAUUCCCAAAGGAACUAAAAUUAAAUAGACUUCCUGGUUAUUUGGUUUAGUUGUCUAUGUUGGCAAAAAUACUAAAACUAUGCAAAGUAUUUUGAAGAAAAACAAUGCAAUUUCUAUUCCUUCCUUAUGGCAUGCUUAUCAUUAUUUUUCACUUUUAAUAUCUAUAAUAGUAUUAUUAGCCAGAUCUGAUGAAAAUAGUUUUGCUUUAAUAAUUGACAGCUAUACAACUAAUGGGAUGAAAGUAUUUUAACUAGCUAUAUUGUAUGCUCAGUUAAUCCCAGCUACAUUGUAUUUAUUAUUUGACAUAGUAAAUUUCAUAUCAUUAUUUAAAUUUGAAAUUAAUCAAAUUGAGGAUAACCUAGUCAAGUAUGUGAAGAUCAAUUCAUCAAAUAAUUUAUGUGAUUUUGGACAUGUUGAUUAUAUGUUAAUAGAUAAAACAGGCACAUUAACUACUUCUUAUAACAAAUUGGAUAAUUUACAAUUUGGUUAAUUAGCUUUCAGUUUGAAUUAUGAUCAAUUGUAAUUGGCAUUAAACUAAAAGUACACCAAAUAAGACGAUAUUGAGGAACCCUAAAACAUUGUAAGUUUGAAUGACAAUAAUGAAUAUUUGAUACCAUUUGAGUAUGACAAGAAGACUCAUCAUACAACAGAAGGUUAAUCAAAUGGCAAAUUGUUACUGAGGAGUGUUAAGACUUCUAAUAAUAACCCAAUAUUUAGUUAAAUCACUGCUCAACCACAAAAUAAAAGGUUGACCUUUCUCAAUAUGGAUGCAUAAUAUUAACAAAGAUACCAAGAUUAUUCGUAAGGAAGAAUGUUCUUACCUCAACCAAAACUUCGAAACACUCCUGGAAAUAAUAAUGAUGAAUUCAUGCAAUUAGUUAAUUAAUUAAAAAACAGUUCUCCAUAGCAUGAGUACUUGUAAUCAAAAGACAUAAAUACAUUAUAUUAUGAUGCCUUUUUAAAAUGUUUGAUGUUAUGUCACGAAGCUAGACCAGUGUUUGGAGCAGAUUCAAUUACAUAUGAGUCAUUUUCCAAGAAUGAAGAGAUAUCAUUAACAUUUGCUCGCUCUUGUGGGUAUUAACUAGAGAACUUUAAUAAGUUUGAUAGUCCAGAUAUGUAUUUAUGUAAAGUGGGGGGGAAUUAAAUUUGGUAUUAAAUAUUAGGAUUAAAUUUAUUUACUUACAAUAGAAAUUUAAAUUCUGUAGUGGUCUAGGUACCUAUGACUAUGGAUUUAGAAUUAAGUUACGAACAUGAAGCUCUUAAUUAACUCUGUGGAGAAGGAUCGAAAAAUAAAUCAUUGUUAAUUUGUAAGGGAGAUUACGACGCAAUUAAGUUAAAGUUGUAAUUAAAUCAUAAGGAGAGAGAAGAGUUGGAUGCUUAUAUUCAACAUUAUAAAGUCAGAGGUAUUAGAAUGAUAGUAUAUGCAACAAGAGUGCUGAGUGAAAAAGAAACUGUGAAUUACAAGGAAAAAUUUAAUUUGUUGCAUAGUUCUCUGACAAAUUAGGAUAGUUUAUUAGAGGAAUUGGCUGUGGAAUAUGAAAAGGAGUUAAAUUUAUUGGGAAUGAUAGGAUUCAAAGAGGAAUUAAAGAGUGAUGCUUUAGAUUUCAUAAGGACUGUUAAAGAGUGCAAUAUAAACAUUUGGUUAUUGAGUGGAGAUUAAGAAGCAUAGACAAUUAGUUGUGCUCAGGCUCUAGAGAUGACAGAGACUUCCAAAUAUUUGAGAAUUGCAGCAAAAGACAAAGAAUAGAUAUGGUUAUAAAUAAAUACUGCUAUAGGAUAGAUAUAAAGUGAAUUGUAGAAAAUACAAGAAAAGCAAUUAAUCAAACAAUAAGAAAAACAAUAAUAAUUAUAAGGAGGUAGAAGCAUGAUCAAGUCAAGUGUAACAUUAUUUGAAGGAGCAUCAUAUUAAUAAAUGUUAUAAUUUGUAUUGGUUGUAAAUGGUCAAUCUUUAUCAUUAAUAAGUGAAUCACCAGAUCUAAUGAGUCAUUUUCGAUUCUUGUCAUGUGUUUGUAAGAAUGUAAUUGGAUUUAACAUGAAUCCACAAUAGAAAGAAUUAGCCUGUAUAAUCAUCAAGGAUUACUUUCCAAAUAAACCAACAAUUCUAGGAGUAGGAGAUGGUUACAACGACGCUUUGAUGAUGUAAGCUUCACAUGUCAGCAUUGAAAUAAUCAAUAGCAAAUUAAAUCAUAUAUAUCCAUAAGUGAAUGCUGGAGACAUUGGUGUGAAUACAUUAAAAGAGAUAAAAGUGUUAUUGUUAUAGAAGUGUAAAUUGCACUCGGAACGUGUAUCUUCUAUGAUAAUAUAUCUAUUUUAUUGUGCAGGCUUUUUAGGUAUGACACUCUUCUUUUUCAAUUGGUUUUGUUAGUUCACUGCUACAUCUUUGCAUGAUUCUAUGACUGUAUUUUUAUUCAUAUUCUUAUACACAACUCCUAAUGCUUUGGUUAUUGGAUUAGCUGAUUUACAAACUAAUCCUUUGGUAAACAAACGGAUUCCUACUUUAUAUGUGGAUGGAUAAAUCAGAACCAGACGGUUUGGAUUCUAUUAUUUAAUUGAGGCAUUUUUAGAAUCAUUUUUAUCAGCUGCCUUUACGUUUUAUACAUGCACUUAUAUGAUCAAUUACACAUGGACUGAUGAUGGUCAUCAGAGUGAUUUAUAAAUGGUAGCAACCAGUAUCAUUUAUGUCAUAAUUACAGUAUCCACUCUAAAGGUAUUAUUUAGAUUGAUCAAACACAAAGUACAUAUUGUCAUUAUAGUUUCCUUAUUCACUUUUGGAUUAUUGGUUGGUGAUUUUGAUUACUUAGAAUUGACUUAUCAAUUAUUCACUCGAUUUAAUAGCAUAGUAGCAAUAGUCUUUUCUUUAUUUGGAUGUUUCUUCAUUAAUUACUUCCUUCAUGAUUUGAUUAAACUCAAUUUAUUUCCAACUGCCUAUUAAUAAUUUGCAUUUUACAACAAAGAUGGCACAUAAUAUGAUAAUUUAACUCACCAACAAAUAGUAAAUUAAUGUUUGGAUCAACAUGUUAAUGUCUCCACCAUCAUACAAAAUGUGUUUACUGACUGUUCCACCACGUCUCCUUACAUUUCUGAAAUGCUCAAUCCUGGAGAUACCAAAGUAACUGAAAUGAAACUCAAACCUUUAACUUUGGAAAUGAAGGAGUUAGUCCUUGAAUAAAAGUUCCUUGCCCACAAAUUGUCACAAUCGCUCAAUCAUUUACGGUUCUUCUUAUGCGUUUUAUUACUCUAUUUCAUAGCAUAUUGUUUAACUGAUUUCUUCAUCAAUGAUCUUAGAGUAUUCACUGGAGUCUAUUAUUUGAUUAUCUUUGGAAUAGUAUUCCUAAUGUUAUUGUUCACAUUCACUUCGAUUAUGGAAUAACAGUAUUAUACUUAUUCACAUUUGGCUGUUCUGAUCAUAUUUGCAAUCAAAGUUGCAAUCGAUUGGUUAUCGGAUGAUUUAACUAUUACUUUAUCUGCAACUUUGGCAAUACUAUUUAGUACAUUUAAUACUAUGAAUAUGACAGUCAUUCCUAUUAUGUUAUACAAUAUCUGCUAUUUAAUACAGUUGAUUGUAAGGAUAUUAGUUAUUGUUGUAUCUACUGAUUUAAGCACUUCAAAUGGAACAUACACCUAAAGUAGGAUAUCUGUUUAUGCUGCUUGUACCUAAAUAUUAUUGGUGGUCAGUAUUACAAUUAGAUUUUUAUUCACUUAUUAUAAAUCAAUAAAGCAUAGAAGAAAUGAUUAUUUAGCAAAGUAUUCAAUUGAAUAGGACAAUAUGACUGCAUAAGAUAUUUUGAGUAUUCUUGUUCCCAGAUUUGUUAGAUAAUAAAUAUAAACUGGUAUCUAUUCGAUGCAAGAAGCUCAAGAUGAUGUUUCAAUCUUAUUUGCUUACAUUUGUGAUUUUGAUACUAUUAUGAAAGAGGAAGGCAAGAAUGUUGUAUUGAUGUUGGAUUCUCUAUUUAGAUUAUACGAUAAUUUAUGCAUUUAACAUGGAGUUCAAAAGAUAGAAACCGUAGGAUACACAUACAUGGCAGCAACAGGAAUCAAGGCUUGUGAGUAGAAUAUGACUGCUCAUGUGAUUAGAACAGAGAAAACUAUGAGAUUGGUCAAUAUGGCAUUUGAUAUGAUGUAAUAAGUUUAAGGAAGAAAGUAUGGCAAGGGCAAUCAGAUAGAAAUGAAGAUAGGAAUCCAUGUUGGUAGAGUAAUUGCAGGUGUGAUUGGACAUCAUAAACCAUAGUUUUCAUUAAUAGGGGAUCCAGUGAAUCAGACAAGUAGAGUAGGAUCUACUGGAGACACUGGAGCAAUCACUCUAAGUGAAUUAGCUUUUAAAUAAGCAAGACAUGGAAUUAAAUAUUACUCGAAGAAACAGAAGGAGGCCAAGGGAUUAGGAAUAAUAGAUACUUAUCAGGUUUUUAAGACUAAACCACCAGGGUAUUAAGUACCUAAGGCAUUUCUACUUUGGCAGAAUUGUACAAAGAUUGUCGUAAAGGAUCUAAGGUCAUAGAAGAGUCUGAGGUAAAUAGUACCAAAAAAGGGUCAAUUCUUAUCCUAACUGUAAAACUCUAUUUAUGUGGAUAAUAUGAAAUAGUCAAAUAGACUAGAAAUAUCUCCAAGAGGUCCUUAAACAGUUUCACUUUUACUGCCACAAAAUGCUUCUUAAGAAGUAGAUAAUAAAUCUAAAUUAAAUUAACCCAUUCAACCAUUAGAAACUGCAUUAACUGAUGAAUCUGUGUUUAUAUCAAAUGAUUAGGAUGAGAAUGAAAAAUUAGAUUUAAUAAAACCAAAUUUAAUAUUGGAAAUACCUGAAAAUGAGAUCAAGAACAAUUUCAAUUAAAUAUUGAAAGAAUAGAAUUUAGAAGAAUCCAAAGUUGGCAUUACAUUUUUAUGGUUCACUUAUUUCGUAAUCACCUUGCUAUCUAUAAUUGUUCGUAAGCUAUUCAAAUAUGAUCUUCUCAUCUUUGUAUUAAGAGCAAUAUUUUUAAUCCUGGUAAUAGUGUUAUUUCCCAUUUUAUCCAAGGCCUAUAGGAAUGUAAUAGUCAAUCUGAUGUAUUACCUUCUAUUGAUAUAUGCUAUUUUUACAGUCUUGUUCUAGGCCUACUUGACUGACAAUUCGGAAGUGGCUAUAAUAUGUCUUUUGGAAAUACUGUAUAUAAUGAUUGUGACUUGCUAAUUUAAGAUGUUCACCUUCUUUUAAGUGAUAGUCUACAUGUUCAUAAUGCUAGGCUUUUUCUUGGGCUUUUACAUAGCAUCAGAUUUGGUAACUCAUUUUGCCAUAUUUUACAUUUGUUGUUGUAUGUUAAUUCUGUUAUUGGGUUAUUAUUUGGCUAUGAAGGAAUAGAUUCAAAUGUUUAACAAUCUGCAAAUCAACGAGGAUAAGAAAGUAAAAUAAAUCAAUUUGGUGAGUCAAUUAUUGCCAAUGCAUUCCUAUUUGAAGAUGAAGAAUAGUUCAAUAUAUGAUAAGAGCGAUUUCAUAGAUGAAUUUGAAGAUGUUACUCUCCUAUUCGCAGAUAUCAAAGGAUUCACAGAAUAUUCUCACACUCAAACUCCAGAAGGAGUCGUAACUAUGCUUCGGGAUCUAUUUACAGAAUUCGACAAAUUGUGUUAAAAGUAUUAUGUUUAUAAGAUGUAUACCAUUGGUGAUUGCUACGUUGUUAUGGGAUUCACAAACAGUGCCAAAAGAAAUCCUAUCCAAGAAGCCAUCAAUACAGUCAAGAUGGGAUUCUAGAUGGUUGAUAUCAUCAUGUAAGUGAGACAGAAGAUUAAAUUUGAUAAACUCAAUAUGAGAAUAGGUAUUCACACAGGUCAAGUUACAGGAGGGAUUAUUGGAACUGAUAUCGUGAGAUAUGACAUUUAUGGCAAAGAUGUAUCGAUUGCUAACAAGAUGGAAAGCAGUGGAGAAGAAGGUAGAGUGCAGGUUUCAUAAACUACUAAACAAAUGAUUGAGAGAGCAGAUAAACAUCCUUUUAAAUUUAAAUUCCAUCAUGUAAAGAUUUCAAACUUAUUGUAGGAUGUUGAUUUAAGCAAGUUUAAUAUGACCACUAAAGGUUAUUUGGUAGAAUGGGAUAAGAUAAAGGAAGAGGCAAGUUUUGAAUAAUAGUGA